AUGGCACCAUCAACCUUCACCCUGAGCGUGGCAACAUGGGGCAGCCCAAGUUCCUCGAAGAACGCCCUGCUCAUUCAUGGUAUCACUUCGGUUGCGCAGACGUGGCAUCGUGUCGCUAGAGACCUCGCUGCUCAAGGGUACUAUGUUCUCGCGCCCGACCUGCCUGGACACGGGAUGGCUGGUUCAACGCAGAGCUUGUCCGUUGCAGCCCUCGCUGAAGCGCUUUCCCCGCUGUUUUCUGCGCCCUAUCCUCGGUUUGACCUCAUCAUCGCGCAUUCGCUCGGCGCUAUCACUACGCUCCAGCUCCUUCAUACCCUUCCACCCUUCUCGCAGCACCUAGCAGCCCCGGCCGACUCAUGCACUCGCAUUCUGCUGCUCGACCCACCAAUCUACCAGUCUCCGUGUGCAUUGGAGCUUUUACGCAAGCUUUGCAUUCAGGAUGCGGCGUCUCCUCGGUCUGCGGCCCAGCACAUGUCGGAGAACCCGCGUUGGACGUUGGAGGACGCGGCGUGGAAGGAGCUUGGGGAGCAGCUCAUCACCCCCGAGACCAUCGACCGUUUGCUCAAUGACAACUCCAACUGGUCGUUCACCCACCUUUUCAAACUUCCGCCCGAUAUGCAAAAUAGCGUAUACCUCACCGUACUUGGCGCCGAUCCUCACCUUAAGGACCAUGAACCUAGCUUCCGCAUUGAGGAGGCACAGCCAUACCUAAAUCCACGGCUCGACACCGGCAUAGUGCGGGGUGCUACGCAUGGGAUCCAUCGAGAAUUCCCAGAGGUGGUUGUCGAACACGCCCUCCAUCGCUUAGAUGAGACAAAGGCUGUCUCUUCUGCAGAGGAUCAAACGACGCUAUAG